GCCAGCAUCAUCAUUGCGCUGCCUGCUGUGGCGCAAUCUCACGGAGCCACGUCGCCUAUUUUGGCCUCCCUCCUCCUAUAUAAGGUUCUUCACCCCUCUUCACUCCUCACUUUUCGCACUUUGGCUUUCAGAGCUCCCACCGGUCAAGUCUCUCUCCCUCUCCUUUCAGCACUCCGAGUCAAGUAAGCCCUCCUUCCCUUCUCUAAUUAUUUUCCCGUUCAUGUCUUCCCUAGAUAGCCAUAGGGUUUCGUCCUCAGAGGACUGCUCCUCUGAGGACUCCAACUCUUCUUCUUCGACAGGGCCUUCUUCUCCUGGUUUCAUACCCGGUCAGGUCCCCAACUCUUAUGUCUCUAAGCCGCAGCCUCUUCGGUCGACAAUGAGCCGGCCCCCUGUGACCCCAACAAUGAAUCAUGGGAGGAAUGGGAAGAGCGGCUCCGAACUGCCAGUUAUUUCCCACUCCCCACCUACUAUUCCAUUGAUAUCUCUUCCCACUCUGAAAUGGAACGACCAUCUUCUAAACCAUGAGUAUACCGUGCCGGCUUCCUCUCCUGAUCUUGAAGCGAGUCUCGAGAUCCUUCUUCGAGGCGACCCGUUAACCGGGAGGAAGUUGCACUACGGGAGCUGGGUCUGGAGGGUCGAAUCGGGUGGUGAGGGUACCUCUCAGGCCCAUGAAGCAGCGGGGCGUGGGGUACCCUCCCCGGGCAACACUGCAGAGGCUGAGGGCAACUCCCACCCAGACAUGGAGUUCGAGGAAUUCACCAUUCCUGAUGACCAACCAGCGGGAGAGACCGGCGGUUCUCAAGGUGCUUCCGCCAAAACUUUCACGGUCCAACCAGAGACCGUGGAAAUCCACGAUGAGGAAGAGCCUGAAGAUGACCGGUCCAAGGGGAAAGGCAAAGAGAAGGCCGGUCGCCGGACCAAGAAGGUGGCCACCACCCAUCCCUCUUUCAGCAAGAAGAGGCAAAGAGCGGAUCCUGACACGGCUUCCCAAUCUGUUGAGGAAGACUUCAUUAACCUCGGUUUGAGACUGAAAGAGGUAAGUUGAAUUUGAUUCCUAGUUAUUUCGGUCCAAUUUCUCCAACCUACAUCAUGCACAACACAACCAGUUAAAGUUUCAUGAAGAAUGAAGACCGAAAUAACGAGGAAUCAAAUUCAACUUACCUCUUUCAGUCUCAGACCGAGGUUAAUGAAGUAUAUACGAACAGUCCCAAAAAUGUCAACAAAGCUACAGUAGCCCA